AUGCGGCAUUUAUUCGUUCUCCUCAUGCUCACGUUCUACAAAAUUUCGAUAUGUGAGUUCAUUUUUCUUCUUGUUUAAAGUUUUCGUAUUUAUGGGGAAAAGAGGGAAAAUUCUGAAGUGUGGGAAGAUUUCAAGUGGUUGGCUUGGGUAAAAUAUUGAGAAAAUUUGGAAUUGGAAGCAUCCCAAAAGUUUUUUUCUUUCAAUGAAAAAAAUGGUGUAUUUUCGUAAAAUUCUUGAAAAAAAUGGGAAUAUGUGAAGCUUAAGUAAAUGAAUUUUUUUUAAAUCAUUGAAGUCGUUUUUUUUUCAAGCCUGCUAAAAGUAAUACCUGGAGAAGGUGGAUGAAAAUCUUGAACAUAAGAUUUUAAAAACUAGAAAUUUGAUUUUUUUUUUCUCCUCAAGUUCUGGAGUGUUGCUAUGAUCGUUUUAAGAAAUAUUAAAAAAUAGCUCCAGAAAUAUCUCAUUUUCCUGUUUCUAAGCAAUUUCAGUGCAAACAUACUAGCUUGGAUAAGUCAUUGGACGCCGUUUUACGGGGUCCAAUUAUUCGGAAACUGAGAAGGCCUAGGAUUAUGAGCCACGGCAACAUGGAUUAUCCCGUCCUUUCGGCGGCUAGAAGUGUAGUUAGUUGGGUUUUAGGUAAUUAAGAUUAAGGUUAUUUUUGAGUUUUAUGAUGGAUUUUACGGUUUUUUUUUCAAUAGGUAGGUUGAGAAAUUUUUCUGCCGUUUCAUGUGAUUCAGUACUGAUAGGUAUGUCACUUCAUAGGCAGUCGGAAAAGGUGGAAAAAGGGUCCUUUUUGCUGCCUUUUUGCGCAAUUUCAUCGGCUCUUAUACACCAUUUUUUGCUACCUCUCCCUUUUCCACCAUUUCUUGACACACCCCAGAAAAAAUGGCUCGAUAAAGGGACCCUUUUUGUUGCCUUUCUGUGGCCUUUUUGCCGCCUUUCUGCGGCCUUUUUGGUGCCUUUCUGCGGCCUUUUUGCUGCCUUUCUGCAGCCUUUUUUGAGCCUCUCCCUUUUAGCGGCCAUUAUCCACCCUUCCGACUUUGCCCGAGUUAAAGGACUGCUCAUAAUUAUAAUAGUGGCUUGUGAGAAUUUUAUUUUUCAAGUAACCCUAAAAGAGCCAUUUCAACUUUUACCAACAUAGUGCGCCAACUCGACCAUUCCCGUUUUCCAUCCGCCAGACACCCCCCCUCUGAGGGGGAUUUACCCAGAAUCAUUAUAUACUAUGUGUAGAUGAGCGCAUCUGGCCACUGCCGCCGAGAAGAAGAAGCUGACCAGAUCAAAUUACGGUAAUCUCGGCGGCCGUCGGAUUGCGUCGAAGUGACUGUUUGUCUCGACCUGUAUGUCUUAUGGCGGCACGUUUUUGCUCCAAUGACACUUUUGUAGCCGAUCGAGGCGGAAGAUUGGUGCAAAUAUUGAUUGAUUGCUUGGCAAUAAGGCUUAUUUGGAUGUCAAUUAAAGUAGACUUCUGGAAGAAUAAUUUGAAAAAAAAAAUGAUUUUUUAGUUAAAGUCCUUAGAGAAUGACAUACAUCGUCGAAACUUUGGAAAAAAAAAUUGGAAUGCUUUUUUUUACACUUUAAAAGAAAUCAGAGCUUUUUGAAUAAAAAUGGUCGUACUCAACCUUUCAAAUCCGCUCCAUGGACAAAUGUUUUAUAGCCAACCAAGACCACUCAUCCGUUAAAAGCUUUCUAGAAACAAAAACAACAAGAGAAACAUUUUCGAGUCGAGCAGAAAUAAAAAAAAAUUGGCCGUACAAGCUCGCCGAUGCGCGACAACAUGCAUUAACGAGCCCACUUUUGGCCAAAGUCCUUUCCGCCUUUUUUGAUUCACUUUUUGAUGCUAACUAGCCGUGUUUCGACUGCGAGCUGUACAUCUUGAAAAACAGAAACAUUUUAAAUAUGAGAAAAAAAGGGACUUGGGUUUCAAUAAUCGAUUUAUUGAUUGAUUGCGUUGAUAUAAGGGAACUCAGACUUUCAAAAAUCAUCACAAAGUCUAAUUUUUGAUAAUUAAAUCGAGUGACAUCUUACUCGGACAUUGGUAACGCGAAACGGACGUUUCUAGGCAAUUCUAGGGAUCACUUAAGAGUGUUGAAGCCACUAAAGUGGUCGCUAGAAAUGAUCAGAAACGUCCGGAGCACGUCCGUUUCCCGUUACCAAUGUCCGAGUAGGUAUGAGCUGCAGUUUGAGAAUCCGAGUGAUCAUUUCAGUGUUCUGAGGAUUAAAGGUUUUUGGGCAGUCCCAAUUGAAAAGCGGCCAAAAUUUACUAUUUUAGUAGCCACUUGGCGCCUUUUUAGUGAAAAAUCGACAUUUUAAAGGAGUCAUUUAGAUUAAGAAAACUGUUUUGGAGCAAACGCGAAACUUUCUAGUUUUACAAGCUAUGAAUGAAAAAAGAAAUGAUUUUUCUACAAUCAAAAAAGUUUCUAGUGGCCGCUCUAAAGUUUUUUUGAACUUUUUAUAGUCUUUAUGCCACGACUUGAAAUUUAACGAAACGACAUUCCGUUGUUCCGCUGCGUGCGUUCGCGAAGCGUCUUUCGAAUCUAGAUCACGCUUUUAAUUGAUUGUUUUGGGAGCACAUGAAAGUAGAGUAGGGAAACAUUUAAAAGCGCGACCAAGGAUCCCAAAGGCAAACAGCGGAACAGCGGAAUGUCGUUCGGUGAAAUUUUAAGUCGUGGCACAUAUACAUAACUUAUUUUUAGUUUCUUCAUUCCAUCCAUUCAAAAAUAUGAAAGAUGUGAACAAACUAAAAAUAGCGAAAGAAGUUUUUUUUAUAUUCAAAAUGGAUAUUCCCUUGAGACAGCAAAAUUUCUUUUAAAGUGUUUUUUCGCCUGGCAGUGAUUGAAAGCUUUUCCUUUCAAACAACUUUUUUACAAACUUGUCAUAAAUUUUAAUCCGCGUAGAUGAACGCUUCAUUCUCACUCAAAACAUGCUCGACACAUGAUUUAUGCCGAAAGGGAGCAGUCCAUUAUUAGUCGAGUUAUCUCUCUUCUGGCACACCGAGUGUCCAAAGUCAAGGAGGAAAAUACGGAGAGAAUUUCGUCGCCUGGGGAUUCGCCUGGCGGUGCCCUCGGCGAGAAAAAUGGCCCGGCGAACACGACUUGGGGAUUUAUUUUUUUCCUUUUCUGGAGGUUUUUUUGGUUCUCGAAGUGACAAGGAACACUUGUUUGGACGUUUUGGCAACAUUUUUAGCUUGAUUUUUUUUUCUUGAAGGGAUUAAAACUCUUUUUUCACUGAGGAAUAACGUUAUACGGGCCUAGAUUUUUCAGUUUGGCUUGAGAUUUUCUUAGAAUUUUUAGAAGGUUGGUUCUAAAAACGGAUUUUUGCCGAUGAGCCGCGAUACUACGAAAGAGGACGUUCUUAGGAACUCCAGAGUGGCCCCUACAGGGGCCCUUGCAGAGGCCCUCUAGGGGCCACUUAACCAACCCCUAUAGGGGUCACCAAAGCUUGCUAGUCGAUAAUUUUUAAGAACUCUGAGAGAAGAAGGACUUUCCUGGGAAAAAAACUGAUUAAAUAAGUGUUUUUUGAAUGAAAUUGAAAAACUCCUAUAGGGACCAUUUGAACUUUAGACCCUGGACCCUGAACCCUUAGGGACCACUUUACCCCUAUAGGGACCACUUUUUUAUCCCCUAUAGGGUCUGCUUUUCUCCUAACCUCUAUAGAGACCACCCUGAAAUUCCUGAGUUUUCACUAGCUCCAUGAGACUUUUUCGAAGCAUUCAAAUUCCCUUCUUUAUUCAAAAUUUUUCCAGUUGGAAAAAAAAACUUCCUACCCAGAAUACUCUCUAGACUCCCUCCAAACUUAUCUCAUUUACUCACAUCGAAAUCUGACGUCUUGGCUCUCGGUUGGACAUCAGCGACGCCUGUCAGGAAACCCCGUUUUGACGUGUGCCGCACAGGAAACUCGGCCUGCGGGCUCGAAAUUUGCAUUUUGAUUGCGUUCCGCGCUUCAGAAAAAUCUUAUAUUUCUAAUGUUUGAGGGAAGCUUGAUACACAUAUUACACAUGAGCUCUAUCUUUUUUCAAAUUUUGGAUGGUCAAAGUUUAAUAUUAAUAAUAAGUCAUUGAAAAAUACAGAGAUGGCACAAGAAACAAAAAAAGAACUGAGGUGGAUGAAAUAAAGUAAAACCCGAUUUUCACAGCACCCCAACGAGUGCAGAGACCGGGACUCAUACACGUAAAUUUAAGAGAUUGAGUAGUUUAAAGGUUAUCUAUCCGAUUAUCUGAAAGCACCGUUCUGUUUGAGACUACUGUAACCAAAUUUGAACUUUUUUUUCAGGCGGCGGCGCAUCAGAAGACAUAAUGGCUUGUCUGCGGCAGGAGCGCGCCAAACACGAGAAUCCGUCGCAGAACAUCGUCACGGUUACGGCCGAAAAUCCUGCCUAUCUUCACUGUCGGGUUUCCAGUCAUCAUGAGGUGAUUUUUAUUGAGAUGGGCUGAAAAUUUGGAGUUUUUUGAUGCUGACGCUGUGAUUUUAGCUUGAAAUCUUCAAACUUAAAUGGGAUAUUUUACUGGUUUUGAGGAUAUUUUGGUUUCAGUAAAGACGGAAAAUCUUUUUCCGGUUUUUUGAAAUGGUUCUGAAGACUGUGAUAACUGUAUAAUAUCUGCUUUCAUUGAUUAAUAAUUUGAUGCCGUGUUCAAAGUGAUUCCGCGAAAUUCAAAAUAGCCGUCAGAGAAAGAGAAAGAUAACUAAAUUUUGGAGGGUCAGAGACCAUUUUGCAUUUCGCGGAAAUUACUUUGAACACGGCAUGAAAUUUCUUAAAACUGUAGAUUUCAUCAAUUUUUUUGGGUAAUUUAAGAACGUUUUAAUUAUUCUAGUUAUAUUUUUUUGAAAUGUCUCUGACUGAUCUAUAGAAACGGCGAUUUUUUAAAGAGGCUUGCGAUUUUUUCAAGAAUCUCCAUGUAUGCUCCACGUUGCCUUACGGUGUCUUUUUUUGGACAAUUUUUUUAAAAUCAUAUUUUUUUGUCCGCAUUUUACUGCAUUAUAGCUUUUUUUGAUUAAAAAAAUAUUUUUAAAUGUCUUUUUUUCGGCUCUCGAUAAUGAUUCUGAAAUGACUCUCACCGAUCCACUACAAAAAAGUUUCCGGCGCCGAUCUUUUUGUUUUUAUGAACUUCAGUUUUUUUCAAAAUUGUUUUUUUCUUCCGCGUAUUACAGUCUUUAUGGUUUUUCUGAUUCAAAAGAAUUUGAAAGAGGCAUUUCUCGGUUCUCGAUAAUGAUUCCGAAACGACUCCCACCGAUCCACAACAAAAAAAGUUUCCGGCGCCGAUCUUUUUUUUUUUUAAAUAAAGAGUUUUUUUUAAAAUUUAUCGUUUGGUCCACAUUUUACAAUCUUUAUGGUUUUUUUCUGAUUCAAAAAGAAUUUGAAAAAGCCGUUUGUCGGUUCUCGAUAAUGAUUCCGAAACGACUCCCACCGAUCCACAACAAAAAGAUGGAUCCUGUGCCGACCUUGUUAGCCAUCCGGCCGGUCACUUGUUGUGUUCCAUAAUUAGUGUCAAUGGCGGGGCCGUUAAUCCGCCACGGCUGACGAUUGUUUCUCAUGCAAAUGGCAAGGAAAACAUUGAAUCUGUUGUUUUUUUGAGAAUUUGAAGUUAAAUUGGUAAUAUUAAAGUAGUUUGAGAGGAAAAUGUUCUUUAUUAUUGAUUUAACGUAAUUCAGGACUUUCGGAUAGAUUUUAAUGAGAACGGGAAAAGGUUUCGGCUGAAUAAACCUUGAAACUUAAGGCUUCAAAGUUUGGUUAUUUAUUUCAAAAAGGUCAAAAAGAUUUCCACUAAAACGAAAUCCUAGUCUUUCUAUUCAUGACAGUUCAACGAACACGGAGUGUCAGGUGCCAAUUAUCCUGAUUCGAAGCGACAAAAAAGCUCCAAUUUUUUCGUUGUCCUGAGAAAAAAAACGGUCAGAUGGGCCGUCACCUAAUCGAGUGGUUACGUCAUUUCCUCUGUCCUAACGCGGCUCUUUUUUCAUUUGCCGAUUGGCCAAUUAGGCAAAAAAAGGACACUUGAUUGUUUUCUGUAUGAAGAAAGGUACAGAAGAAAACGGCGGCUUUCCGAAAUUUUGAACUUCUUGACUCCCAAGGCCUUUUCGAAUCGUUCAAAACUGUUUCCAUAGAUAUUAGAAAGUCUGAUUCGACACUAUGGCCAUUUCCAUAUACGGUCACAACGCCAUUCACACUCGAGGGCCAGCUGGCAAUUAUGGCGCUCGACGAAUCCAUUACAGAUUUUCAGCGCCAAUGGGCUUACCGUACCGUGAAGAGGGUGUAAGUGGCGGUGGGAAGGUUACAAGUGGUUGGAUAGGAUUUUUAGGGGAGAUCAAUGGUUUUGAAAUCCAGAUUUCGUGGAAAAUUGUUUCUACAUCUGUUUUUGAGAAGCUAUCGAAUGAUCAAUUUUCAAUUACAGGUCGCUUGGACACGUGUUUCGGAUGCAGCCCUCCUGACCGCUGGAAAUAGGACUUUUACUCGAGAUCCACGCUGGCAGGUGUCCCGAAAAGCUGAGGACAUUUGGGUCCUCAACUUGAGGUUAUUUUUUCGGGGAAGUUCAAAAAACUCAUUUCGUGAUGACUUUAUUGAUGGAAGGAUCGUUAAAAGCGUUUCGGUCUACUCAAAGUUCAGUGAAAACCGUUAUAAUUAGGAAUGCCAUUCGGGAGCUGCAAACUUGAAAGCUCGAAAUUAAGGAAGUUGGGAACUGGAAAAUUGAAAGCUCGAAACUUAGGACUGCAGUUGGGAGCUGCAAACUUGGAAGCUCGAAACUUGGGACUGCCAGUUGGGAGCUGCAAACUUGAAGGGUCGAUUUAUAGGAUUCUCAGUUGGGAGCUGCAAACUUGAAAGCUAGAAUCUCAGGACUGUCAGUUGGGAGCUGCAAACGAAAGCUCGAAACUUAGGACUGCAGUUGGGAGUUGCAAACUUGGAAGCUAGGAUCUUAGAACUGCCAGUUGGGAGCUGCAAACUUGAAAGGUCGAAACUUGGGACUCUCAGUUGGGAGAUGCAAACUUGAAGGGUCGAAUUAUAGGAUUCUCAGUUGGUAGCUGCAUACUUGGAAGCUAGAAUCUUAGGACUCUCAGUUGGGAGCUGCAAACGAAAGCUCGAAACUUAGGACUGCCAGUUGGGAGCUGCAAACUUGAAAACUAGAAUCUUAGGACUGCCAGUUGGGAGCUGCAAACUUGAAAGGUCGAAACUUAAGACUCUCAGUUGGGAGCUGCAAUUUUGGAUAUGAAAGGUGCGCAUUCCGAACUUGGAACUACCACUUUUGAAACUUAACGUUAGAAGCUUAGAACUCGAUACUGUCAAAUUUAAGCCGCCAGAAAGUAUUUUCUUUGCAGCCUGAGCUACUUUGCGUGCCACCAUGAACACAUCGGGACCUUCUUGUUCAUGAAAAACCAAAACCUUCGAAAAAAAAAGAACACUCGGUGUGGUCCCAAUUCAAAUUGAAAGUGGAAAUGAAAAGAGGAGGUGGCCUCAAAAUCCACUUUACUCGAAGAUUGGAAGAACUCAAUCAGUCGCGGGCGAUUUGAAGAACUAGAAGAAGUAGUAGAAGAAGAAGAAGAAGCACGAACGUUAUAUAGGUGGAAUUGGAUUACUCGCGCGCAAAACGAUGGGCGAGGAAAAGUGCUUCAGAGAGCGAAUCACUUGAAUGUUCUACUCCGAAAGAGAGGGGAGACACCUGCCUUUUUAAUUCGAAGAUCAAUUUGGGGGUUUGGAAAGGUCUUGAUUUUGAGCUGAGGUUUAAAGAAGUUGGGGCCUAGAAAGUUGCAUUUGACUUCAUAGGCAAAUUCGGAAAGGGUCGAAAAAGGCUCCGUAGAAGACUGAGAAAGGCUCCUUUUUUGCAGCUUCUUUGGGCCAUUUUCUCGGCUCUUAUGCACCAUUUUUGCUACCUCUCCCUUUUUCAAUCAUUUCUUGAGCCGUUAAAAUCGCAGAAAAAAUGGGAGGGUCGAUAAAGGGACUCUUUUUGCUGCCUUUUUUGAGCCUCUCCUCUAGCGGCCAUUAUCCAUAAUUCCGACUUUGCCCGAGUUUUAAUAAGACUGGUCUAUUGGAAACGGAUAACUUGGGCUUAUCCUGUGUUUCACCGCUUUAUUAAUACUUAUUAACUAUUCAUUAUUUUUUCUAGUUAUUUCAAUAAUAAAGAGUUUUUUCCAGAAGAGCCGAACUCACCGAUACCGGCUGUUACCUGUGUGAGGUCAACGACAAGUACAGUACCGUCUACGCUGUUUUUCUCAGCGUACAAGGUAAUUUUUUCACAUUGUCGAAAAAAAAAAGUUCUCCUCUUGAAAAAAACUAAUCGUAAAAAAAGUUUUUCUAGUUCUCCUUUUCAAUCAAGCGCGUUUUUUGCGCCUAGACGUAUGCAAAUUGCUAUCCUUGAAGAAAAAAACGAAGUAGAAAUGUGUCGGAAUAAAUUUGUUUUGCGAGACAGCUGCCAAAAUUGUGCGCGUUUUUUUACGCGCAAUUUUAUACACACGGGGAUGUUUUGAAUUCGAGUUUAAACUAGAGAUCUUCGGAAAAAAUAUGAAAUAAGUUUUUUACAGAACCGCCGCCGCCGUCCCCUUCUUCAGCGCAGAGUUUGUUGUUUUUAAGUGGAUUUUUUUGUUGAAAAAUGAAACUUUCGUAGGACUUUGUCUCUUUUAGGAGUUUGAUAUUGAUUUUAUCAUAAAAAGGGAGAAAAAUUUCUGGCUUCGACCUGAAGAAUGUUUGUCUACUAACAGUUUGAGAUUUUUUUCAAGCUUUGAAAAUGAAUUUUUUUCAGUAGAAUGAAAUUUUUUUCAUAGUAAUCCCAGAUUCUAUAUCAAAAUAAUGAUUAUUUUCAAGCUGUAUGUCUAAAUAAUUCACUGAUUAUUUUCAGAGAAAACCACGCGGCUAAUGGCGAAUAUGGCUGGCGACGAGGUGUUGCUCAAUUGCACCGUGACGACUUCAGAUUCCGGCGAAUCGGUCGAUGACAUCGUCUGGACCCGAAACGGCGAUCAUAUCGACUUUAAUAACACUGAAAGUGAGUUUCUGAGAAGUAUUAAUCUGAAAAAAUGUUAGAUAAUUAGGAAAAUGGACCUGAGCAAGCUUGAGGGAAGUACUGACAUACAGUUAAAUUGCUUUAUUUUUCGUAUAUCUUUUGUUUCAAGCUAAAUCCUGCGCUUGUAGAUAUUCCUCAUCAUAAUCGUUAUUAAACUUCACCUUAAAAAGUAUGUCGAAAGUUCUCGAAGGUCAGUAGAAAUAGGUAAUUUUGAAAAGUCGACAAACCCUGAAAUAUUCACACGCUCAUUGCGGAUGCAGACUUUGUGGGUACACGCCUAACGUGACACGAGGCUCAUGACUUAUUCAAAACUAUUAUCUGGCAAUUGUUUGAGUGAGCGCAAUUGCAAAGUCCGUUCGGCCGUUCCAAAGGGAUAGAGUAAGGUUGAGAUUCGAGAAAAGUAAGAAAAAGUCAUGAAUGCCAAGAAAUUUUGAUUUUAGGGACUUAUAUAAGAAGAAGAAGAAGAAGGGGCAAGCAGCGCCGCGUUUCAGUUCCAGUUGAUUGGAGAGUAUCAAAAUUAUCCAUGAAACUCAUAAAAUGGAUUAUUUUUAACUCAAACGCUUACAUUUUACCCUUGGAUUGAGUACUUUUUGAGCCUGUUUUAAGAAAUCCAUAUUUUCAAAACAAGCGAAAAAUGAGAGCUGCCUAGAUUUUAAAAUUUUGUUUGAGCUUUCUAUGGAAUUCCGGCACAUCGGCUUUUUUUUUACUAAUUCAGAAUACGUUUGGAAGGCGAAACGAGACGCUGGCGUCGUUGUCCAGACGCUCCGGAUUCGGAAGGCGACGAUGGAAGACGACGGCGACUACGCCUGCGAACAUAGGCAUCAGAAGGCCAGCCAGAUCGUCCAUAUCAAUAGUUCGUUCAUUCAUUUUCGUAUUGUGAAGAAAUCUCUCAUAUUUUUCUCAUUUCAGAAGCCGAGGCUCAGCGUAGUUCAACUACCAGCACCACGUCUCCGCAAUCUUUCAUUUCUAUUUUCUCUUCUUUACUCUUUAUUUUACUAUUUCGUCAUAAUUAAUUAGGUUUUCCACAUUAUCAUGAUUGUUUGUACACAUCUAUCAGAUUACGGUAAAACUCGAGAUUAUAUUCCAUGUCAUCAAUAUGCCUCCACAGAAUCAUAAAAUUGAUGCUUUACUGCCUCAUCGGUGAAUUUUAACACGUCUGUUUUCAUGUCUUUCUUCUUUCAUUUUCACUUUAUCAUUAUUGUGCUUCAGUUGAUUGAAUAAGUGAGUUUCAGGCCUCAUCUUGUCGAUUCUUGGUAUUUUUUGUUGGUUAUAAAUUAUUUUCAAAGAAAUUUUUAUUCCGUAAAAAUUUAAAGCGUUGGAUUCACUUUUAUGCUUUCGGUUCAAAGGUUUGGGUCUUUGAUACUUUCGAUUUCUUGCGAGCUCUGCGCUAAUCAAGUUUUGAAAAAAUUUAAUUGAGCCGGUUGAAUUUUCCGGCGCAUUCGACGUUAAAUUUCGUGCGAUGCGAUGCGUUGUCUGAAGGCACGCACGACCUCUGGCCUAAUCAAUUUCCAUUUUGUAACUUUUACGUUUUUCGUUUUUUUGUUAUUUUCAUAUGGUUUAGUUCAUUUCAAAGUAAAUAACUGUUCUGACAUGCUGGAGACCUUCUUUUGAACGAUUUGUUAGUUCCUUUAUCCGGUAUUUCGCUCGCGACCGCACCAAAUGCAAAAGAAGUUCUUAGAAAUGAGGAAUCGAUCAAGAUCAAGAUCUCCCAGAAGGGAUAGAGGUGAUGAUCGGUCCAGCAGGCGACGAGAUGAAGAUAGAAGGGACAGGAAAAGCAAAAAGGAGAGGAGGAGACGGUAAAAGUUUCAGUUUUUUCCGAACUCUGUUCUUUUGUUUCCAGUCAUCGAAGUUCAUCUAGUGAAACUUCUGACGCCGCUAAUAAACUUGGAAGUAUCCUGAAUGAGAAGAAAAAGCGAGAGAAGAGUCCAGAAAAGGAGAAGGAGAAAAAUGGAGCCAAGUGAUUUCUAUUUAGUUUAUUGUAAACAUAGCGUUUUUGUAGGCCAGCUCCGAGCGAAGUUCAAAUCGAGUUAGGCACUCCUUUCGAUGAGAACACGUUGAGUGAAACAGCGAGAAAGUAUUUAGAAACGAGGAUUACAGAACAGGUUGAGAAAAAAGAGUGACCCAAUUGAUUUUGUGCAUUUAUUCAGGUUUCCUCACGAGUUGACAAGCUGGAGGCUUUGAUGGCAGAAAAAGCCACGGCGGCACGGCACGAAAUGGAAAGAAUGCUUCGAGCUCAGAUUGAGAACGAAAUGGCCAUGGAACUCGCCGAGUGCCGGAAACGCGAUGUAAAAAAAUUUUUAAUGAAUAGUUUUUAAAAAAAUGAUAAAUUUUCAGGAAGAUUCGCGAAAACGUUGCCAACAGCUUGAAGCCGAACUCGAGAAAAAAAGAUUAAAGACGCCGAAGAAAGUCAAAAAGAAAUAUGUAAGUUUAUUUCUUUUCUUACUUUGAAAAUUUCAAAUUUUAAUGAUUUUUUUUGAUUGAGCAGCGAAAUCCUCACUUUGGACUCUUAUUUCGUCUUUUCAUGUGUUUCUAUUUUUUCAGAGGUUUUCAUGUUAAUUUUUUUUCCAGUUUAGUUAUUUAUCUAAAGCCACAUUGAUUCAUGAUUGUUUCUUGUUUCAAAAAACCGUCGAGCUAUCUCCCAUCCAAUAUAUUUUUUCUGUCUUUCACCUGAUUUUCACUUUUCAAGAGUUUUUUCAAGAUUCUGUUAGGGUUUCUUUCGAUUAAAAAAAUCUUCACUUAAGAUUUUGAUUUAAAGCUGUGAUGUUUUUUUGGAUUGGCCUGUGCGCAUAUCUCAUCUCCGAAAUAUUUUUGACUAGAUUACUAGGAUUUUUCUUUAGAAUACGAAUACAGUCAUAGUUUAUGCAUAUGUGAAUUUUGAAUAAUUCCUGCUUUCCAUUUUUUUUUGUUUCAUAAUUCAUCUGUGCCUUAGUUUUUAUCUUUUCAUUUUGUCUUGAACUCCUAUAGCUCUAGGCGAAAUAACCUCUCGAAAUCGAACUCAGUUUGGUCAGACGCGAAUCAACCGGCCCACUAUCGCGCACACAAAAACGACUGUAAUCGAGGUUUCCCAAAUAUGCGAAACGGGUGUCUUUCCGAAAAAAUGUUUGUUGAUUUUUAGAAAAAUGGCAGGUUUGUUCAUUUUAAGAUGAAACUAUUUGAAGUAUAUAGUUUGGAAUUUUACUUCUUUCAAGGACAAUGGACGGUUUACCUGUGCAUAGUUUUUUAGGAGAGGAAUGAGAGAUUAAAGGAGGCAUUUUGAAAAGAUUUUUUCCUUUUGAAAGCUCCUGUAUCUGCGUAUUCUGAAUCAAAAGUAUAAAGUAUUUUAAGCGCAGAAAAUUGGCGUUUUUUCGUGUUUGGGAUAGCCUCUCGGGAGCUGCAAAAUUAAUAUCGCUUUUUUAGCGCUGCAAGUUUGGGACUGUUAAAUUCAGAAGUCGUAAAAAGUACACAAAAACUUCAGAAGGAUGUUGUGAUGUAAUUAUAUGUCUUUUUCUUCACCUAAAUCCUUCAAUUUCUUGUUCUUCCCUCCAAGUUUCGAAUAAAACAAUGCGCAGAGCCGUUGCUUCACCGAACAUUAUCAAUUUUAUUCAUUUUCAGGACGAAGGCCGCCUGGAGAUGCUGGCUCAGCGAAGCCAGCUUGAGCGCGAAAGAGCUGAGCUGGCUCGCCAGAAGUCGGAGCUCGAAAAAAACGAACAACAGGCGAUUAUCAAUAAAGGAGGUGCCGCUCGCGCUCCCAUCAAGUUCAAAUUCGGAAAAUAGCAAAGUGUCUGGAAAAAAUGCCUUAUUUCCAAAACAUGGAUCUCCCCUUUAUUAACUCCUUUCUCUUGAAGUUUUCUCUGUGCCAUCAAAAAAAUAAAGCGCCUUGGCACGAGGAGUUGUAAUAAUUUGCUUCUUAAUUGAAAAUGCGUGGUUAUUAUUCUUCUUCCUUCGUAUAUUUGUAUGCGUGCUUGUUUUUUUUUUUCGUACUUUCAAUACUAUACUUCGUUUUUUCAUUGCCAACCGCCUCCGAGACACUUGGAAUAAAUGAUUAAUAAAGUUUAAUAUUGAUUCAAAAAAAGUAAUCGUUUUGACCACGAGAGAUAUUUUUUUGAAUUCAGAUUAAAAAUUAAUUUAUAAAUUAUGUAGUAGCCAUGAUGUUGGUACUGCUCCUGGCAUUUUUGCCAGUAGUUUCUGGCCAAUGGAACUCGGAAGAACUCGCCAUGUACGAUUUGAUUGAGGAAUCCGGCCUCAAUUUUUAUGAAUUUUAUGGAGUCGCCAAGGUUUUCCUUUUGAAAUUGUUGAGAUUUUCAAUAAUAUUUGUUUUUGGGACGCCUCAAUUGGGGAGAUAAAAAAGGCGUAUAGGAAAUUAUCAUUGGAGUACCAUCCGGAUCGAAAUAGGGCCGAGGACGCUGUGCAAAAGUUUCAACAGGUGGUUUUUCAAUUCCUUUUUUCAUGUUUAAAAAAAGUUAAGUUUAUAGAAAUCGCGUUUUCGCGCUUUCAAUAAGAAAGCCUUGAAACGCUCAAAAUCUAAAUUUAGAAGUUUUUCACUUUUUAAAUUUUUUUCAAAUUUUUUCUCACACACAAGUAUUAUUAUUUACGAAGUAAAUGUAGGGAAAGUUUGGAAAAUUUUCUUCUUUUAUGGACGUUCUAAUGAAAUUAACAUUUUUUCAAUAUUUUACAAAGCCAUAUAGUGAGCGGCAGUAACUUGCAAACUAAAAAAUAAGUUUAAUAUUGAAAAAAAUUAAGUUUUAAACCAGUUUCGACUAUUUAGAACAUGUUUUUGGUUUUUUUUUAAAUAUCCAAUAAGUUUUUGUAUCAUUCUAUUAAAGACGAGCAGGUGACUGGAAUCUACGAUGUUCUCAAAUCAAAAGACCUACGCGAGAAGUAUGAUAAUGUGCUCGAAUUUGGAAUGCCGAAUUGGCGACAACCCGUUUUCUAUUUCCGGUAGAAGGAAUUUAUUUAAAAUUUGGAACAAUGGAACAAAAUUCAGUCGAAUGCGAAAGUUGGCGUGGUACGAAGGAAUCUUCGUUCUGCUGUUCAUAGGAACAAUUGCUCAUUAUUUCAUGAUGUGGGCCAAUUAUUUCGAGAAGUCUCUUGUCUAUAAAGAUGUGAUUUUUCACACUUCAUCAUAAAAACUAAUUGAAAUAAUUUAGGCCCAGAAAAGAUCGAAGAAAAAGGAGCAGAAGAAAGAAACCGAUGAAGAUGCGGCUCGGAAAGAAGCUCUCGAUAUCUAUAAGCCAAAAAUAUUUGAGCUCUUGCCGGUUUUAUUGUUUUUCGGCUGUUGUAACCUUUUCAAGGUGAUCGGAUUUUUUAAAGAGUUUUUCAAGUUCCUUUUUGUUUUCAGGAUCUUGUGAUUGUUGCCAAAUCGAUGAGCCGGAAGGAAAAUGAUGAGGAGAAGGUAAAAUAUUUUUCGAAAAACUUUACGUCAGAGAAACUUUGAAAUAUUGAUGAAAUUGGAUUUUCGAGGUUUUGAAAGAAUUUUCGUAGUUUUUUCAGUUUCUGGCCAGAAUUAUUUUAUACUCUUUUGGUAUAACCGAAUUGGAAAAAAAUUUACCGAAAUCAUUCUCACAACGUUCUGAGAUCUGAAAAAUAAUGGCGAAUUACCUGGAAUUUUUUUCGAUAAGAACUGUUCAAAUUUUUAAAAGGAUGUUUUUCUGAUAAGAAAUGUCUUAGUUUCAAUUUUUAAAAGUUGAAACGGUGUAAGUUUUCAAAAAUCAAUUUUUUGCCCAUAAUUGAAAGAAAACGUUUUUUGUUUGCUUGUUCAGUCAUUUAACUUUAACUUGUCCCUUUCAGGAGCUCCUCGAAGAACAACCGAGACCCAAAAGAAUCAAUCCAUCAGUUCCUCAGCCUGUCUACGAGUUUGAAGUUGCUAGGGACAAUAAGCCAGUUUCAACAAAUGAUCCCGAAGCUGAGAGGAAAUAUGCGGCCGAAAACGAGAUGGUUUCCAAAAGUGAUUCAUUAAUUUUUCAAUUAUCAUUUGAAAAGCGCACUUUUUCAUUCUUAAGUGAAUUUUUUGGUGCUCUGAUUCAAGCUUUCAUUUACAGGUUUUUAAAGAUAUUCUUUAUCCUUUUUUAUUUUCUAAAACUUCAUUGAAAAGAAAAUAUCUUUUUUUCAGAACAAAGCCGGCGGCGCCUGGACACCAGAUGAGCUAGCCAAUUUGGUCCGUUUGAGCACGGAAAAAGUAUCCCGCAGGUUUUGAAAGAAAAUAGAAAAGCUAAGAAUCUUGAAUGUUCAAGGAACGCCCAAUCGGUGGGAGCAAAUGGGCCGAGUUCUGAAUCGGAGUCCAGAUGACGUCAUCUCCAUGGCUGGCAAGUUGAAGCAGAUGAAACAGGUUAGCUAUAAGAUUUUCUAACCUUCUAAGGAAUUCUCCAUUGAUAAAAUUAAGAAGGUCAAAAAAUCAAAACUUUCAGGAAGAGUACACGAAAUUGCUGCAAAGACAGCAGUGUACGGCGGUCAAUGAAAGUUCCACGUCAUCUGGAGCGGCGAAGGCCCCAGCGACGUCGGCCGUCGCCGAUUCUGCCGGCAUCGUUAGGAUCGAAGAGUGGAGCCAGGCCGAGCAGAAGGCGUUCGAACAGGCCUUGCAGAGGAUACCGAAAGGCGUCGAUGAGAGGUUAUUUCAGAAAAAAAAAUCCAGAAAAUUUUUCAGAAUCUUGCUGAUAGAGCGUUUGAGCCACAAAAAAACUCAUGUUCAAAGGUUUUUUGAAAACUUUUGUUCAGUAUAAGUUUCAAAGCUCUAGGAAAGAAAGGAAAGGAAUUCAAUUAGUUUUGUAGAAGAAAAAAUCUGAAAGCUUCAAAAUUUGCUGAGCCGUUUGUGACUUGCCAGGACUUUUCUGAUGAGAAUUCCAGAUGGGAACGGAUUUCCGAAGCCGUGGGGACCAAAACCAAAAAGCAAUGUAUGCAGAGGUUUAAAGACCUCAUGGAGAUGAUCAAAAAGAAGAAGCUGGAAGCGCAAUAG